CUCCUGCUCCAACCCUCCCCACCACAAACAACCCUAACCCUAACCCUAAUCCUCACCCAAAACACCCUAAAACACCCCAAAAACCCUAAACCACCCAUUAUCCUCCCUCCCAUUAUUGGCAGACCACCCAUCACCAACCCUCCAGUCAUUGGCCGGCCACCCAUAUCCCUCCCACCAAUCAUUGGUCCUCCGGUGAUCCCUCCGGUGUUCCCUCCGGUGACUGGCAACCCCCCACCUGUAGGCAACUGUCCUACACCACCAACUCCAACUCCAACUCCUACCACUCCAACUCCUCCUCCUCCUCCUCCUCCUCCUCUCAACAGCUGCCCUGUUGACACACUUAAGCUUGGAGCUUGUGUUGAUCUUCUUGGAGGGUUAGUGCAUGUGGUUAUAGGUGACCCAGUGGUGAACAAGUGUUGUCCAUUGUUACAAGGACUUGUGGAACUUGAGGCAGCUGUGUGUCUUUGCACUACUAUUAGACUUAAGUUACUUAAUAUCAACAUUUACUUGCCUCUUGCUCUUCAGCUCUUGCUCACUUGUGGGAAGACUCCUCCUCCUGGGUUUACGUGCACUGUUUAGUGUGAUUUCAUGCAUGCAUGCAUGCAUGCCUGCCAUGCAUGUGUCUUUGUUUUCACAGUUUCACGUUUGUCUUUACAGUGUCUUUGAGUUAAAUUGGAGUUAUCUGAAUGCUUGGAAUAUUUCUGGUUGGUCAAGUGUGCAUGCAAUGUGGUGUUAUCACAGUGUCAUGAUUCAAUGUCUCAACUCACUUCUCUUUAAUUUAUUUCUCUUUGGUUUCUUUUUUCUUUUGUUUUUAUCAAGUGUAAUUUGUUCUAAGUCAUGUCUUGUUUGUCACUGGCCCUUGUAACAAGGAAUUGUUAUUAAUGCUUUUAAUUAAUCUCUUCUAAUA